AUGGGGAAAGCUUCCAGAAAUAGGACAAAGCGUCGCGCUGAUCCUACUGCAAAAUCUAUUAAACCACCUACCGAUCCAGAGCUUGCAGCUAUUCGAGUAAAUAAAAUUCUGCCAGUCCUUCAAGAUUUACAAAGUUCAGAUCAAUCGAAGAGAUCAAUCGCUGCGACUGCUAUUGCGAACCUCAUUGACGAUACAAAAUGUCGAAAACUUUUCUUGCGGGAGCAAAUUGUUCGCAUCUUAUUCGAACAAACGCUUACAGACUCGAGCAUGGAAACUAGAAUCGCAGGAUGGGGAAUCAUGCGAAAUUUAGCAUUGGAAGAGGAAACGGACUUCUGCGUGCAUUUAUACAGACAGGAUAUAUUGACUGCAAUUGAGGGGGCUAUUAAAUCAAUCAUCCAAACGAUCGAUUCCAAAGACUCCCCAUUAUCAAAUAUCCCAAAGCCUCAACAAGAUCUUCUAUGGAAUCUUACAAGUUCUGUAAUAACACUUUUGACCUCUCUAUCUGAUGCAGAUCUCGAAAUUGUCGAAGCUAUAUCUAAAACAUCUACAAUUAUCAACUUUCUGUUUGGAUUAUUGUCACUCGAUACCACCCCAUCGGAGGUUAACCAUGAAGCACUCAUAUGUUUAGCAGCUCUAACGGAAGACAACAAAACCUUGGUCGAAUUUAUCACCGAGCAAAAAGAUUGGUUCAAAUUACUUAUGCAAUUGAAGAACUCUGGUGGAUAUAAGGGUGUUGCUACUUGUGGAGUACUUCAGAAUAUUUUUACAGCCAUGCACUGGUCUGAUGACAAUGCUCCCAUGGAUGGUGCCUCAGAUGCCAUCCUUCUUCCUACCUUGAUUGAAUCGAUGCAACAAGCACAGCAGACGAAUGGUACAAACGGUCAUACAACACAUCCUAGCCCCGAUCGAGUUUUGCAAAUGGCUCUGGAAAUUACAGCAUCAAUUGCAACUAGCCUUCAGGAAGCCCUUGAACUCGGCAAAGGAAAGGAGGACGUGUUUGAAGGAUUUGGAGAAGAUACUGAGGAAUUCGAUGAAGCCGCGAUGGUUGAUGGUGAUGCAGAUUUGUCGGAAGGUGACUUAAGUGACGGGGAAAACGAAGAAAUGACACAGGAAGAUAUCGAGGCCGAUAUGGAUAUGGUUCUGGGAAAUGACCCUGAAGAAGAGGAGACAUCAAAUGAUCAGGAUACACUUCAUCAGCUUGUUCAAGUUGCCUGUCCUAUCGUUAUAACACUUGCACAGUCGACUGAGGAUUCGAAAAUGGAGGAUGAUGAUAUACAAAUCCCUGCUUUAGCGGCUUUGAAUAAUAUCGCAUGGACCGUCGCAUCAAUUGACUUUUCCGGAAGUCACCUUGGUAGUUUGCAGAAGGUAUGGGCUGGCCUUGCCCAACGUAUCUGGGAUGAAGUGGUGUGUCGUGUACUUGCAUCCAAUACGGCGAACAUUGAAUUGGCUUCUUCCAUCACAAGUAUUGCCUGGGCUGUUUGCAAGAGUGUUCAAGGCCGUAUUCAGAUACGAGGGGAUGAGCACAGAAAGUUCAUGGCCCUCUACCAUGCUUCAAAGGGUUUCGAAACUCCAACCGAUUCCAAGGUUCCCAAGAAAGACGCGGAAGAUCUUGACGAUUCAGCUUUUCAAUCUUUAGGUGUCAAAUGUAUCGGUGUUUUGGGCAGUCUUGCACUCGAACCUGCCCCCAUCGAACUUAACCGAGAAAUUGGCGUCUUCCUCAUCACUCUUCUUGCCGGUGUCCCCGAAACGCCUGCGGCGCAUGCAGUGGAGACCCUUAACGAAAUCUUUGACAUUUAUGCCGAUAAGAGUUUUUCAUUUGAUCAGGCAGUUUUCUGGGGAAAUGGAUUUGUUAAACAUUUAGAGGAAAGUUUACCUAAAUGUAAGAAAAUGGCCAAAACAAUUGACAGGAGAAAGUCUCCGGAGCUACGUUUGAGGAUCGAUGAAGGGGUAUUGAAUCUAGCGAGAUUCUUGAAGUACAAGAAAUCAGAAAAGUAA